AUGAACACUCUUGAACGAGUUUCAGGCCCGCCGACGCUGACAUGGGCAAACGUUGGCGUCGGCUUCGCGUUCAUCGUCUUCAACGUGCUCGUGUCUGCCACACUCCGCCUCGGCGAGGGCUCGGCGUUCCUCACGGCUGCGAUAAGAUGUGUGGUACAGCUCUCGGUCAUGGGCCUCGUUCUGCAGAGGAUCAUUGAGACGGACAGCCCGUGGGCAGUUGCGGGUAUCGCUGUGUUGCUUAACUUGUUGGGGACGUUUGAAGCGGUUGCAAACAAGUCGAAGAUCCGACAUACAUUCAUGUUCAUCUCGGUGCUAAUGAGCAUGCUAUGCUCAACGAUACCCAUCUCAAUCGUCGGCUCUCGUUGGGCCAUGUCGACACAACCUUUCUGGAAGCCCGAUCAAUAUAUCCUCAUCGUUGGCAUGCUCGCUGGCAACGCUAUAUCCGGCGUCGUGAUAGCGGUCUCAUCCGUCCUCCAACAACUAUACACCGAUAGAGACAAGGUCGAGACGUAUCUUGCCUUCGGAGCCUCGCGAUUCGAAGCAUGCACCCCGAUUGCGCGGGACGCUCUGCGUCUCGCACUCAUGCCGACCAUCAGCCAGAUGAGGUACGUUUCCUCUCUUUGCCACCGUCUUCUCGUUACUGAUGAUCUCACCAGCAUCAUCGGAAUGAUCUCGAUACCCGGCACAAUGACGGGUGCCAUCCUGGGCGGCUCGUCUGUAGAGCAGGCUGCGAAGCUGCAGAUGAUCAUCAUGUUCAUGAUCUCCGCUGCGACGGCACUUUCCUCUAUUGCUGCGACCGUAGUCGCGCUAUGUGUCGUCGUCGACAGUGACCAUCGUAUUCGCAUUGAUAGAAUCCACGACCACGAGUACGUGCUUUGGCGAGCCCGAAACUGGAUUGUGAGGAAGAUAGCCACCGUGGUUUCAGCUUUGGCGAUGUCCAUAGCAAGGGCAUUCCAGGCUCACAAUAGAGACACAGAGGAGGAUGACACUGUGGGCGAAACAGGAUCGUUAUUGGGGUAG